AUGGCGUUGGUCGAUGAUCUGACCUGCUCCAUCUGCACGGACAUUUAUACAGAUCCUGUGACCCUGACAUGUGGACACAGUUACUGCAAUGUCUGCAUCAACAAAACAUGGGACAACCAGGAGGAGAGAGAAUAUUCCUGUCCUGAAUGCAGACACAGGUUUAGAAUAAGACCUGAAGUCAGGAAAAGCCUGAAAUUGUGUAACAUAAUAGACAAUUUCCAUCAAUCUUCUCAGCAAGAUCAGAAAGAGACUUGGAAUAUCUUCUGUACUUAUUGUGUUCAUUCUCCUGUACCUGCUGCCAAAGCAUGUCUCCAUUGCAAAGCAUAUCUAUGUGAUAACCAUCUGAGGGUCCACAAAGGACACCAGGUGGAGACUCUGAUUGAGGUUUCACAGAGGAAGAAAGGUGAACUGAAAAAUAUCCUGAAGAAAGUGGAUUCAAAGACACAGGAGACUGAAAGAAAAGUCCAAAAUCUGCAGGACCAUAGAAAAGAAGUGCAAGUAAAGGCAAGUGGUUUAAAAGAGUGUGUCACUGCCCUGCUUAGAGAUAUCAGGGAACAGCUAGCAGCUCUAGAGACGCGAGUCCUGACUGUGAUCUCCAGGCAGGAAGAGCAGGUCUCACACCGAGUCUCAGAUCUAAUCCGGCAGCUGGAAAUUAAGAAGGAGGAGCUGUCCAGGAAGAGGGGUCACAUUGGGGACCUGUGUAACAUGACGGACCCACUGAUGUUCUUACAAAUACAGAAAUCACAAAAUAAUGACAACUACAAAGUUAUGGAACGAGAAUAUGAAGACAGAGCGAAUGAUGAUAACAACAGCCAUGCAGCAGGAGAUCUGGAUAUGGGAUUGAUCUCAGGGAUAUUACGUGGAGGCUUAAAUAUUAUUAUAAAUUCUGCAAAAAUGCACAAUGACAUACAGGAGACUUCACCGCUGUUAAUGGAUGUCACCACGGCUUCUGAUAUAUUGCUCGAUGUGAACACAGCUGGUAAUUAUGUAGCUCUAUCAAAUGACUUAAAGACUAUAUGCAGACCAGAAAUAAACCAGAAGCGCCCAGAAACUCCCGAGAGAUUUCAAUAUUACCCCCAGGUUUUAAGCACCAGGAAUAUUUCCACAGGACGACAUUAUUGGGAGAUAGAGACCAGUGAAUCAGGAGGGUGGAUCGUAGGGAUGGCGUAUCCAAGCAUAGAUAGGAGAGGAGACCAGUCAGUAAUUGGCCAUAAUAUUAAAUCAUGGGGAUUAGAAAUGUGCAAUAAUAAUUAUUCAGUUAUACAUAAUAAGAAUGAGAUCCUCUUACCUUGCAGACCUUCCAGUCAGAGAUUAGGGAUAUCCCUGGACUAUGAGGCUGGACGGCUGUCCUUCUAUGAGCUGUGUGACCCGAUCAGACACUUACACACCUUUACUGCCACCUUCACAGAGCCGCUCCACAUUGGAUUCUGGGUAGGGGUAAAUACAUGGGUGAGAAUCACGUGAACCAGGGGGUAGGAUUAGUAAUCAAACUAUUAAUGCAAAUGGAUCUUCUGUUGGUGCGCUU